AUGGUGACACUGCUCAUUCUGCUUCUGCCGCCAGAUGGCAUCAAUACCGGAAUUCAACAUAUCUUGCUCCUUACGGCACAACCCGACAAAAAGCGGGCGAUCCAAGAUCUCCUCCAUCCGCGCCUAUUGGGCGAUGCCGCUGUGAUGGCCAGCAAGGUCAAUACGCUGACAUACCACGCGCUGUCUUCUAUACUCGGGCGCGCACUACGGCACCCCUACACUGCCGGUGCGCCUGCCGGCGGGUUUUGGCGCCGAUUCCAGCAGAGUUUUGAGAGCUCCUGGCGAAAGGAUCGUCGUGAGAAGGGAGUCAUUACUGCGCGAGAGCAACACGUCAGACGCCAGGCGAGCAGAGAAUUCUGGAGAUACCGAAACAUAUUUGUCUACGAGGGGCAAGGGCGAAAUAGGCCUCUCCGUACUUUCAAAGCAUUCUCGACGGUUCAGCGCAGUUUCUGGCAAUACGAGCUCAUGGCUCGUGGUCAGAACCUCCAUACGCGCUGUCGGCUGACAUGCAGCUCAAUCCCCUUUAUCCUAAACGAGGCGCAUACCAUGAAUGCAGAAGUACUGGCAUAUUUCAGGGCUCUUAACGGUGCUUGCAUCCAUGCCGCCGCACAGAACGACAAGAGGACCCGGAACGAUGCUGAGAUGCAGCGAAAGCUUGCGAAACUGGGGUUCACCACAUCUGUUGACAGGCUGGGCGUCCGCAUGUGGGCAUCCAUCUUGACAAGAAUAGGCCCGAGCAUCGAGUACGCGGAUGCUUGGAGGAUCAGGGCCAAGGCUGACAUUGUGACAAGGCUCUGGAUGGACACGUAUAAUGGCAAGGUCGGACACUCGCGGUUCGAUGUGUCGCACGGAUUCACCGACAACUGGUUCUUAGCAGCGCCUAUCAUGAAUUUUCGUGCUCCCUCAGGUUACCGUGAUUGA